CUUCACAUCCUUGUUUUAUAUCUUCGCCUCCAUCUCCUCCUUACUUCUCAAAAACCAGAGCCCCCAACCCACGAAAUCCGAAUCAAACCCGAAACUUCGCCAAAUAACAAAUUUCGCCGAUUCAGACUAGUUUUUCGGUGACGAUUUGAUGUGUUGAGGCCUGAGAAUUUCGGAAUUUCAGAUAUGGCGAUGGAAAAUCCCCCGAAUUUCAAAUACAUGGGGAGGAACUUCAGUGAUAUGAGUAACGGCGACAACUCUUCUGCUUUUAGCGAGUGUAACAGCGACCGAUCCGAAGAGUUUCCGACGACGUCGUCUCAGAGCCGGCGGCUUCUGAUUGCCUGCGCUUCCGACAACUCCGACGAUCUGAUUCAACAGCUCGUGGCCGUCCUCGAAGACGGUUCGAUUGAGGAGCAGAAGCAGGCGGCGAUGGAGAUCAGGCUCCUCGCCAAGAACAAGUCCGAAAAUCGGCUCAAAAUCGCCCGAAACGGCGCGAUUAAGCCGUUGAUUUCGCUCCUAUCGUCGACCGAUCUCCAGCUCCAGGAGUACGGUGUCACCGCGAUACUCAACCUUUCGCUGUGCGACGAGAACAAGGACCUCAUCGCUUCGUCGGGAGCGAUCAAGCCGCUUGUCCGGUCGCUCAACGGGACCGCUACGGCGAAAGAGAACGCCGCCUGCGCUCUGCUCCGCCUCUCGCAAAUCGAAGAGAACAAAGUCGCAAUUGGACGGUCGGGUGCGAUUCCGCUGCUGGUGAACCUUCUGGAGUGCGGUGGUUUUCGUGGGAAGAAGGACGCGUCGACGGCUCUGUACUCGCUCUGCUCAGUCAAAGAGAACAAGAUUAGAGCCGUCAAGUCGGGAAUCAUGAAGCCGCUGGUGGAAUUGAUGUCGGACUUCGGUUCGAACAUGGUGGACAAGUCGGCGUACGUGCUGAGCGUCCUCGUAACGGUAUCGGAGGCCCGCGCUGCGUUGGUGGAGGAAGGCGGGAUUCCGGUGCUGGUGGAGAUCAUAGAGGUGGGGUCGCAGCGGCAGAAGGAGAUAUCGGUUGCGAUUUUGUUGCAGAUUUGCGAGCACAGUGAAGUCCACCGUAAUAUGGUGGCCCGCGAAGGAGCGAUUCCUCCCCUCGUCGCUUUGUCUCAGUCCGGCACCAAUCGCGCCAAGCAAAAGGCGGAGACAUUGACAGAGCUUCUCCGGCAACCGAGAUCCGGCAACUUCGCUGCACGAGCGCCCGACGUGUCAUUAUAAUUCGCCUCCACGUCAACACCGUGGGCCCACCACCUCGCGGAUCUCCCCGGUGUAACAAUGCCGGUUGCCAUGUAAGAUGUAAUCAAAGAGUAAAAAAGAGAGAAGAAAAAACAAUACCAGAAAAAAAAAAAAAAAGGAAGAAAAAAAUCGAAAACUUGUAAAUAUCCGUGUUACGAGAGGAUUUGUAAGGCUUGUGAUAAAAGUAUUGAAUUGAGCUGAGUUUGGUUUGCCUUUUUGGAGCUUAUCUUUCUUUGUAUCAAAAAAAAUUGAAAGAAAUGUGUCUCUUGGCCUACCACUA